AUGAAGAUAGCUGGUGUCAUUGUGCUCCUUACUCUGGCAGUUUUCUGCUGCUCAGAUGUUGCCAGUCACGAUGGCAAAAGAAAAUGUGAUUAUGACCCAAAGAAUGAUCCUAUCCUGUGCCCCACAGUCCAGGAACCUGUCUGCGCCACUGAUGGCAGAACUUAUAGAAACUACUGUUACUUUGGCAGAGCCAUGAGGGCAGCAUGUGGAAAACUUGGCUUAAAACACCCUGUACCAUGUCAUGAGAAAAAGAAGGCAUAA